AGGUGUUUUCUUCUGGUAAGCAGUACCGGAAGCGGUGUGUUGUAGCUGCGUAUAACUUGUCAUGGCAGUGUGGAUAGAGGCGGACAAUCUCAGCCGCGCUCACUCUAAACUGAGCCUGCACGGAGUAAGUGUGCAACAGUGUGGAUCGAAUUCUUCCUCCCGUCAAUAAUGGAUCCUCCGCCUGCUCGCGCCCAGCUCUCCGCCGGAUAAAAAAAACGUCGGAGUUUUUUUGUUUUUGUUUUUUUUUAAAUCGGCGUGUGCCAUGGGAAUACUGUUGGCCCGGUGCGGUCGGCCCGGUGGAUCCGAGCAGGCUUGAUGGACAGCAUGUCACCGCAGCAGGGCGCCAUGGGCCAGAAUGGCUCCGAGUCUGUAGUCGGGACCAACAAGACGACCCCGGACAGUAAAAAGAAGAUGAAGACUUUGGCUCAGAGAAGACAGUCUGCACCGUCGCUGGUCAUCAGCAAGGCGCUGACCAGGUCGAGAAGCACGUCCAGGGAGAGCUGCCUGACGCCAGUCAGUCCAGAGUCGUGCGCCUUGGUCCAGACCUUCCUGUCCGACUGUCCCGGCCGAGUCUUCCUGGGUCACGUCCAAACCCAGCUGAAGACGGGCCUCCAGACUCAGGACAGGCACCUCUUCCUCUUCAGUGACACCCUGCUCGUCACCAAGGCCAAGUCUCCCACUCACUACAAGGUGAAGGCCCAAGUGCGAGUAUGCGAGAUGUGGACGGCCGGCUGCAUGGAGGAGGUGUGCGAGGGCAGCACCAGCCCGGAGAGAAGCUUCGUCAUUGGCUGGCCCACGUGCAACUGCGUGGCCACCUUCAGCUCCGAGGAGCACAAGGAGAAGUGGCUGGAGCUCAUCAACAGUCGGAUCAAUGAGGGAAAGGAGAACGACGACCCCAAGACCGUUCCGCUGAAGAUAUUUGCGAAGGACAUCGGAAACUGCGCUUACGCCAAGACGCUUGCAGUCAACAACACAGAGAGCACCACCGACGUCAUCCGCAUGGCUCUGUUGCAGUUUGGAAUAUCGGGUUGCGUGAAGGAGCACAGGUUGUGGGUGAGCUCCAGCAAGGACGAGCCUCCGUACCCGCUCAUCGGCCACGAGUUCCCGUUCAGCAUCAAGAUGAGCCACAUACGAGAUGGUGGGAGCGGUGGAGGAGGAAUCGGGAGAGAUCCAAUGAGUCCCACUGAUUGUCCUGAGGUCCUGCUGCUGGAUCAGUGCCUCCCCCCGGACACCCAGUGCCAGUUCAUCCUCAGACCCAGCAAGGUUACCCAAAGCCCGGCUGCACUGAUAGACGCCGCUCAGCCAAAGUCGUUUAAGAGGAAAAGGUCGCUGAUCAAUUGGCCCUUCUGGAGGGGCUCCAGCAGCCAGCUGGACGGCCUCCCCCUCACUCCCACCUCGCUCUCCCCCACCCUGGGUCGCCUCUUCGGGCGAGAACUCAGCUCCGUCUGCUCCCCGGACAGCGGCCUGCCCAAGCCUGUCAUGGACAUGCUGGUGUUUCUCUACGUGGAGGGGCCGUACACCAGGGGUGUCUUCAGGCGCUCGGCGGGGGCCAAGGCCUGCCGGGAGCUGCGAGACAGGCUGGACGCCGGGGAGGACGACCCCGAGAUCGCACGCCAGUCUGUGUUUGUGGUGGCUGCUGUCCUCAAGGACUUCCUGCGGAGCAUCCCCGGCAGCCUGCUGUGCGGGGACCUGUAUGACCAGUGGACGGCCGUGAUGGAGAAGGAGGGAAGCGACGACAUGACAGGCGAAGUCCACAGGUUGCUCCGCCUCCUCCCCGCCGAGAACCUGCUGCUGCUGCGCCACGUCAUGGCCGUGCUGCACCGCAUCCAAGGCAGCGCCCACGACAACCAGAUGAACGCAUUCAACCUGUCCGUCUGCAUCGCUCCCAGCAUGCUGUGGGCCCCCACGCCCGGCACCCCUGAGAUGGAGGGGGAGGGCACCAAGAAGGUGUGCGAGCUGAUCCGCUUCCUCAUUGAGAACUGCGUGGCCGUCCUGGGCGACGACGUCACCUCGUUGUUUGCGGCCGUGAGCCAGAAGGGCGGCAGCAGCGAGCACGGCUCCGACGUGUCGUCCUUCCACAUGAACGACUCGUCCUACGACAGCCUGGAGAACGAGCUAAACGACGACCCCGAGUCGCCCUGCCAGGAGCAGCUGCCCCUCCGCGACAAGCCCGACAGCCGCAGCCGCGACUCGGUCAUCACGCUGAGCGACUGCGACCCCGACCCCGAAGUCGAGGGCGACCUCCUGCUGCAGCUCCCCCCGCUGGCCAGGCCGCGCCGCUUCAGCCCCGUCGUCCGCCAGCCUCGCACCCGCCACAGCAAUGGGGCGUCGUCGCAGGGCACGGGUAGGAGGCUGCGGAGGAGCUCGGAGCCCGCCCUGGCGGUGGCCGGCGCGUCGCCUUCCGGCAUCGUGGUUGCCUGUGCUGAGGAGUGCCGUGCGCCGCUACGCAAGGCGAGCUACGACGCUGCCAUGGAGGGCGAAGAGGAGGAAGAAGAGGAUGAGGAGGUGUUCCUGGAGAAAGGGCUCAACGGACUUCACUUGAACGUGGAGAGGGAUGGAAGUGCGAAGGGAGGAGCUAAAGUUCAGAAUGGUGGGCGGAGGAAAAGCAAACAUGCACCCCCACCCCCACUGCGACUGGACGCGAGCUGCUCCAGUCUGUCGUCGCCGGCCACCUCCCCAACAGGCUCCUCCCUCAGCUCUCUAGACUCCGCCUUCUCACAGUACUCCACUGAUUACGCCAUCAUGCCAAUGGGGGACCCCACCCUGAGAUCGCCGAGGUGCUCCCCCCCGCAGAAGGAAGCUCCGCCUGGACAGCCUCCUCGCUCCUCCCACGGCGCCCACCCCAACACGUGGCUCAAGAAGGACCGCCGCUUGUCCUUGAAGCAGCCUGUUAACGGACAAGCCAAGGAGGACAAUGGCGCCCAAAGCGGCCCCUCGACGACAACCAAUCGAAGCUGCCAGCGACGCUCCAGCAGCCCUCCGUCGUACCAGCAGGCGCUACUGCAGCUGCAGCGCACCUCGCCAUUCUACAGGGGGGCGGAGAAAACACUGACGGUCCGAGAGCUCAGGCUCCUUCACGACCAGGCCUCGCCCCCUGCGGGAAGCGAGGCCGCCCAGCCCCCGAUGGGCAUCUUCUAUGGACAAAGCGCCACCACUCUGGUCCUCAAACGCCAGAAGUCCCACUCCCUGACGCCGCCCACAGAGGGGCGCACACACAGCAAGACACUUCCCCGCCGCGCGUCCGAACCCGCCAAAAUGGGCGCCUGCCACACUUCCAAGCCGUCCGCCACCUUGGACAGACCCCGACCCUCCAAAGCUCCGCCCCAAGUUGGCAGACUGAGAGUGUCAGACGUGGCGCCUCAGCGCCCCGAGUCGCAUUUCUGCCUGUCGCCUUCCGCCAACCGCGCCGUACGGGACUACUUUUCCUCGCAGGGGCAGGUGGACGCGUCGGGCUGCAUGCGGCACAGCCAGGAGGUGGCGCUGGCCAUCGCGCAGGCUAAAAGGGAGUGGCAGAGUCGGCAGUGUAGCGAGCCACGAUUGGACGAUUUCGACCAGCUCUUCUUUGCAGAGGAGUCGUACGUCUGAAUUUGUACAUACGAUCUUUGUCUUCUUACUGUACUGCCUUUCGUCUCCGUUUGCGGUACCAGGGUGGGAGAUUUUGUUCUUAAAGGUACAGAUGCACUUCCUGCUUCCCGACUGCCAUUUGCAAUCACAGCCCGCCAAAAUGAAGAGAGUGAGAGAGUCAGUCUUUCCUGCAAGACAAGACGUGAGGAAGCCUCUUUUCCCAAAACAUUCCAAGGAGUUGUCGCCAAAAGUUAAACCUCCGAGUCCUUCAUCAGCCUUUCAGCACAAGAACACAUUAGUCCUUUUUAAAUAGGAUCCUUUUUUUUUUAAUAGCGACAACGUGACACCAAUUGGCGCUCAUAUUUGUUGUUUACCGGCUUUUCAACACCUUUUGUCAAGCAGAGAAUGAAGUUUAGUGCUGCUGAAUCAAGCGGGCGCUGAUGUAUUUAUUAUCCGUGACAAGAAAAAAAACACAUUAUCUUGUAUCAUGAAUUCUAUAAUAGUAAUAUUCUAUCAUUGUAUCUCAGUCCACAUGUAAAGUUCUUCAUAUUUAUGAUACAGAAAUAUAUAAAUGGUAUGAUCUUGUUACGCCAUGUAAGAAAAACAAAUUGUAUUUUUGUACAUGCCACUUCAUGCUGCUGCUGCUGUCGCCAUAGAAACUAUAUUUGCUACAUGCGUGUACAUAUGUGUGUGCGUGUGUGUGUGUGCGUGUGUGUGUACAUAUACUGUAUGUGUACAUCUAUGUGUGUCGUCCACAACAGAGCAUCUGGCUUUUCAAUAAAUGUUUUUUUUAAAAA